CCCUGCCGACCCCGGUAGCCUGGCAGCGCCCAUACCUGAACGUCUUCAAACACUUCCGCGUGGAGGAAUGGAAGCGCUCUGCCAAGGAGGGCGAUGUGGCUGCCUUCACGGAUGCAAGACUGAAGGGAACUGUCUACCGGAUCCGGGCCUCCGGCUCCACCAGCGGCUCCCUGCAGCUGCCCCGGACUGGGACGCAGUCACUGGGGCUGGUGGGACGCUACCUCUACCUGCUCUUCAGGCCCAUGUCCCGCAAGCACUUUGUUGUCCACCUGGAUGUUGCCACCGUGGAAAACCAGGUGGUUCGCAUCUCUUUCUCUACCCUCUUCAAGGAGUUCAGAUCCACAGCCACCUGGCUGCAGUUCCCCUUCAUCUGUGGAGCAGCUGAGGGCUCGGCAUGUGACCACACAGCCAGGCGCGCCAGGCGCGGUGUUGUGGGAGCAGCCCCCGCUGACGUGCGCUGGACCUGCCUGGUGCUGGACCUCCGCUCUGUCCUCUCCCUCUACCUCAGCCGCCACUACAGCCACCUGAAGAAAAAACUGGUGAAAAACCUCUGCACCAGCGACUUGCUCUUCGACCCAGGUGUGACCUUCUCCGAGGGCCGGCAAGCUGACCUGGCCUGUCACGGAGUGGCUCCCAUGCCACGGGAAAUGGCUUUCCCUGUGCCGAAGGGAGAGAAGUGGCACGACCUCUACGACUACAUCAGGUUCCCAUCUGAGGGGUCCAAGCUGCCGCAUGACUCCAUCCAGAAGAGCCGUCCCGGUCCUGUGGCAGGUGACCAAGUCUCGGAGGACCCUGUCCAGCGGCUGCCCCAGCCGGUGAUGCUCACCAAAGCAGUCCGUGACCGACUGUCCCUCAUCCACCAGAUAACCAGUCCCAAAGCUAGGCUCUUACCAGAUCCCAUCCUGAAGCUGAGAAUGAUUAUUGGCUUUGGAGGCUACAGCACCAAAUGGGCACUGUGGACUCGGAACAGCACUGCGGUGGUCUACCCCUGCCACGCUGUUAUAGUGACACUGCAGAUCCAGACCGGAAAGCAGAGGUUCUUCAUUGGACACACGGAUAAGGUGUCUGCGCUGGCCUUCAAUGGGAACAGCACCUUGCUGGCUUCCGCGCAGGCUGGUCCCCUCAGCGUGGUGCGGCUCUGGGACUUCCUGACGGGCAGCUGCCUCUCUGUGUUUAAAACCCAUGUCUGCUCCCUCUUGUCCCUCAGCUUUUCCUACAGCGGGGCUGUUCUGUGUGGCGUUGGAAAAGACAGGCACGGCAAAACGAUGGUGGUGGUGUGGAAUGCUGCUCAGGUGACCCAUGGUGGAGAGGUGGCUGUGCUGGCCAAAGCCCACACAGAUGUGGACAUCCAGGUCUUGAAGAUUGCUUUUUUUGAUGAUACCAGGAUGGUGUCGUGUGGCCGGGAUAACGUCAGGCUGUGGCGAGUGCGGAGUGGAGCGCUGCGCUCGUGUCCCGUCAAUCUGGGCAAGUACCAUUCCCUGGAGUUCACUGACCUGGCCUUCGAGGAGGGACACACGGCUGAGCGGGACCUGGAGGACCGCACACUCUUUGUCUGCAGCAAGAAUGGUUAUGUCCUGGAGGUGGACUACAAGAACAUCUGCAUGAGGAGUGUGCGGCGGCUCCUGCCUGCACAGCCCUCGGGCUGCCAGCAGCAGGAGAACGCAGACAGCAGUGCAGGCCCUGGGAUCGCUAUAAACAGUAUUAGCAUCUCUUCAACCUUCUGUGCCACGGGUUCAGAAGAUGGCUACCUGCGGCUGUGGCCACUGGACUUCUCAGCUGUUGUCUUAGAGGCGGAGCAUGAGGCUCCAGUGAGUUCUGUCUGCAUCAGCCCAGACAGCCGCAAAGUCUUGUGCACGACAGCUGCUGGCAAUCUGGGCUACCUGAACAUCCUGUCCCGGGACUACAACACCCUCAUGCGUUCUCAUGAGGACUCCAUUUUGGCAUUCUCGGUGGAGGGGAUCUGGAAGCAGAUGGCAACGGUGUCCCGGGACAGUACUAUCCGAGUCUGGGACCUUGUCUCCAUGCAGCAGCUGUACGACUUCACGGCUGCAGAGGAAAUGCCGUGUGCGGUGGCCUUUCACCCUGCCCAGCAGAUCCUGGCCUGUGGCUUUGACAGCGGGAUGGUGCGGACCUUCAGCUUGACUGCCUCCAAUCUCCUGGUAGAGCACAAGCAGCACCGCACUGUGAUCACUGGACUGACCUUCUCUCCAGAUGGCAAUUUCAUGUUCAGCUCCUGUUUGCAGGGAACUCUGGCUCUUUACAGCUGCAUGGAAGAGAAAAGCAAUGUCCUGCGAGUCUUGGGCAAUGUGGUGGCCCCGGAUGCUGGGAGCGGUCCGGAUGCUUUGGUGGUCAGUGAGGACAGCCGUCUCUUGGCCUUCGUGGGUCCCUCCGAGUAUGUUGUGACCGUGAUGGAGGUCUGCUCUCUGGAUGAGCUGCUGAGGGUGGACAUCAGUGUCCUUGAUUUGAAUGCCACAGCCUUGGACUCUGCAGUGAGAGUCUGCUUUGCUCCUGUGCCUCAAGGCGAGCUCCUGGUAUCCACUUCUUCCAAUAAAAUCCUUGUACUUCAUGCAAAAACGGGACGGCUGGUGCGAGAGGUGUCUCCCGUGCACAAGCUGUCCUGUUCUUCCUUGGCGCUGAGCAAGAAUGGCAAGUACCUGCUCACUGCUGGCGACAAAGUUAUCAAAGUGUGGGACUAUCAAAUGCGCUUCAAUAUCAACUUCCAGGUGUACAUCGGCCACUCAGAGCCAGUGCACCAGGUGGCCUUCACCCCGGACCAACGGCAUGUCAUCAGCGUUGGAGAUGCCAUCUUCCUCUGGGAUUUCCUAGCGGUGCCUGCAGAGAGGUCAUCCCCAGCUGGGGCUUGUUCCUCUAAGUCUACUCUGGUUCCAGGAACAGGUAUUUUCUCUGAGUUGGACAAAGACGACGACGCAGAUCUGCCAGGCAGCAGCAGCACGGUGGCGGAUGGAGACAAAAAUGCCUCAGUCCUUGUGGUGGAGUCAGUCAGGAACGAGGAGUUUAUUGCUGUGAGGCCCAAAGUGAAGCAGGAGAGCUCGAGGUCUCCUGGAGAAUCAGCAAAUGAACCCAGAAAGGAGACCAGAAGUCCCAAGACCAAAUGCUCUGUCCGCCCAGAUUCCUACCGGCAUUUCACUCCUCGCUUUAAGGCAUCGGUGUUCCCCCAGAGUUUUUUAUCUCCUCCAGCUGGCAGUGAGGUCUUGAAGCUGAAAGCAGUGAUCGGCUACAAUGGGAACGGCAGAGGGAAUAUGGUGUGGAACCCGGACACAGGCUUCUUCGCCUACACCUGUGGCUGCGUCAUCGUGGUUGAAGACCUGCACUUGGGAUCACAAAAUCACUGGCUUGGCCACACAGAGGAGAUCUCUACGCUCGCUGUCAGCCACAAUGCCCAGGUUCUUGCUUCUGCCUCGGGAAAGAGGAAUGGAGACUCCCAUUGUCAAAUCUGCAUCUGGACCGUCCAGGGUGGGCUUUGCACAGCAAGUCUCUUCCAUCACAAGACACAAAUACAAGCCAUGGCGUUCUCUCGGGAUGACAGGUUCCUUGUUACCGUAGGAGACUACAGCGAUCAAACCAUUGCUUUGUGGAGUACGUACACUUACGAACUCAUGUCGUCGACUUGUAUCUUGGAGCCAGUCCAUGAUGUGGCUUUUAGUCCUUUUUCUCACAGAGAACUGGCGUGCGUGGGGAAGGGAGCCAUGAUGUUUUGGCUGUUGGAGCAGCAGGGAGCUGAUGUCAACCUCAAGGGUUAUCAGGUCCCUGCCCCAGAUGUUUUAGGGCCGGUGGAGCUGACCUCUCUCUGUUACGGUGCCGAAAAUCUUCUUUAUAGUGGGACCAACUCGGGUCAGAUCUGCGUGUGGGACGUGGAGACUAAUUGCUGCUUCAUGACAUGGGAGGCUGACGAGGGCGAGAUCGGUGUGCUGGUGUGUCGGCACAACAGGCUGAUGAGUGGCAGCAACAUGAAACGCAUCCGCCUGUGGGCAGUGGCCGCCGUGCAGGAGCUGAGGCUGAAAGGUCCUGAUGCCAGGCCUAGCUCAGUCCUGCUAGAGCAUGAGAUCACCCUUGAUGGGACGAUAGUCAGUGCAGCCUUUGAUGACUCUCUCGAAAUGGGAAUUGUGGGAACCACGGCAGGAACACUGUGGUACAUCAACUGGACAGAAAGCACAAGCAUCCGACUAAUCAGUGGCCACAAAAAUAAGGUGACCGAAGUCUGCUUCAGUCCUGAUGAGACCCACUGCGCAACGUGCGGGGAAGACGGCAGCGUGAGGAUUUGGUCUCUGAGCAGCAUGGAGCUGGUGGUACAGUUCCAGGUGCUCAACCAGAGCUGCCAGUGCCUGGCCUGGAAGCCUCAUCCCAUUGUUGCAUGGGAAGCUGAUAGCCAGCAUGUAGUGGCAGGGUACAGCGAUGGCACCAUCCGCGUGUUCAGUGUUUCCAGGACAGAGAUGGAGCUGAAAAUGCACCCCCAUGCUGUUGCACUGAUGGCAAUUGCCUACUCCACAGACGGAGAAAUGAUUUUGUCGGGGGGCAAGGAUGGGCUUGUGGCUAUCAGCAGCCCUCGCACCGGAAUGACUAUCCGCGUCCUCGCUGACCACAAAGGCUCCCCCAUCACGGUCCUCCAGUGCAUCAGGAAGCAGAACCAUGACUUUGGGGUGGAAGGAGGUGAGCUCUGGCUGGCCGCCAGCUCGGACCGGCGGGUCAGUGUCUGGGCCUCCGACUGGCUGAAGGAUAAGUGCGAGCUCCUCGACUGGCUCAGCUUCCCGGCUCCUGCCAGCCCUGAGGUGAGCGUGGCCCCUGCCUGCUCAUGGC